AUGUCGAAGCCAUUUGAUCCGGAGACGGCGGAGAACUUGGAGGAUAUGGAGAAGCAGUUUGCUGUUAAAGCCGUGGAUCACUUGAUGACGUACUGGUCAAUCCUCGAAAAAGUACCCGGAUCUAAGCUACGAUUGACGAAAAUGGACGAUGAGAUCUAUGAGCACUUCAAAAAGGAGUUUCCAGACUUUGACCCCAGUCAAACGAUCAACGAAGAGGAAAUGAAGAGCAAACAAGGCAAAGAGCGAUGGCGCAACUUCAUGAGCGAGUACGAGAAGACCAUUAGCGAUUACAACUUCGGUACCAUGCUGCGGUCGAACCCGAAAUAUGAAUAUGACCAAAAGACUACUAUAUUUGCGAUGCGAAUGCAGUUUUACGCUGUGGAGAUUGCUCGGAACCGUGCUGGUCUGAAUGAUUGGAUUUAUGAAAAAGCACAAGGCAAAAGCCAGUAG